AUGAGCAAUCACGUGAGAUCGUUGCGCGUAAAGAAUCUGUCAGGCUGUGAUGUACCUGGUUGUCAAGAAGAGAGCUACAAGAUGAUGAAUAGCUAUUUGUACAUGUUAGAGCAAGUGAAUCCGGGAACAAAAACCUGUGUGAAAUUGGAUGAGGGAUCGAAAUUCAAGUACCUCUUCGUAGCCUUGGGAGCUUGCAUUGAAGGGUUUGCAGUUAUGAGGAAAGUGAUAGUUGUGGAUGCGACAUGGCUGAAGAACGGAUAUGGUGGUGCUCUAGUCUUCGUGAAAGCACAAGAUCCUAAUCGUCACGCUUAUCCACUUGCGUUUGAAUUAUUAGAUCGAGAGAAUGAUGCUAGCUGGACUUGGUUUUUUGAGAUGCUUAAAAGUGUUAUACCAGACUCUUCUGAACUGGUUUUCAUGAGUGACAGAAAUAGGAUCCUCAUCUCCGCUAUAGUAAACAUGUUUCCACAGGCUCACCAUGGUCAUUGCUUAUGGCAUUUGAAGAAAAAUGUGAAAGGGCAUGCUUGUAGCGUCAAAAAGGAUAUAGUCGGACAUAGAUUCAUGGAAUUGAGCAGAUAUUACACGGAGGCUGAAUUCAACUCUGCUUACGAUUCAUUUAAGAUAAGCUAUCCUUCAGCCUACAAGUAUGUUGAGGAACAUACUGAAAAGGCCAAAUGGGCAAGAGUUUUUUUUCCACGUGACAGGUACAACAUAAAUACAAGCAACAUUGUGGAAUCAAUGAAGAACGUGCUUAAAGAGGCAACGAGGUGGGCCUUAAUACCAAUGCUGGAUUACAUCAUCGGGAAAAUCUCUGAUUGGUUCAAUCAACGUCGGAAGGAUGCUGUUGCUGGAUCAAUUGAUAGCAAACUGGUGCCUCUAGUUGAGAAUUACUUGCACGAGCUAUGGCCUGUUGCACAAAAGCUACGUGUGCAGGAGCUUGAUAGUUAUGCGUUUGAGUACGAGAUCACCGACACUGAAGGAAAGAUGUUUUUGGCGAGCUUAGUUGGGAAAAGUUGUACUUGCAAGGUGUGGGAUUAUGAAAAUUUUCCUUGUCUGCGCGGACUGGCUGCUUACAUAAAUUUCACUACAAACGUUGGCAGGCGCCUUCAUAUCCAUGAGCUGGGCUCAGAAUACUACUGGUCGGAACUGUGGGCAGUGGCAUAUUCCAGGACACUUUAUGUUGUGUCCGACAGUUCUUCUUGGAAUGUACCGGAUUACAUCAAGGAGGUGAAGAUCAUGCCUCCGGAUCGCAUCGCACGGGAGGGAAAGAAAAGAGUUAGAAGUUAG